AUGAGCAAGUCACUUUCUGCUAUUCAACUGGAAAGGCCAACGGAUGCUACUCCACCCACGCCAGUCCGCCGGAAGUUCUCACUGAGGAGCAAGAAGUCCUUCAAUGAGUGCGCUCCUCCUCCGUGGCUCGGCGCAGCUGUCAGCUCCGAGGCGGAUGAUGCUGCCAGCGAUUGCGACAGUGUCGUCAGCGACUACCGUGACGACCUCCCUGAGUCACAAGAGGCCUCGACCAUCGCCGCCAGCUCGGCGCUGAACUCGAGCGGCUCCGAUUUCGCGCUGUUGCCGGACAAGAAAGCGGACAAGGCGCUGAAGAAGGAGACGGAGCUGCCCGCUCUGAAGUCCGGGUCCCGUGGUCCCACAUCGGGGACGUCCAGCGAGAGAAGCAGCUUCGACACCCGCGAAAGAAGCAGCCUUGAAAGAAGCAGCGUUGAUGCGCCGAGCCCCACCAGCGUGGCGAGCAAAGCGGGAGUAACACCCGAGGCGUCAGGGUCCAUGAGCGAGAAUUUGGCCGCCUGGGUCCGAGCUUGUCAGCGCCAGUACUGCCGGUGA